UUUAAACGUAAAGUCAUCUGAUCUUAGUUCAGUUGAGACAYCGAUCUCUAAAAGUUACAGCCAUGGAACGCGAUCAACUUGCUUUAUUUCUUUUGAUUGUCGGCUUAAGUUUGGUUUGCUGCACAACGUCACAAGAACCCACCGUACAAACAGAAGUUUCAGACACGUCCAAAGCACUGGUAACCAAUGGCUGUUCUUGUGACAAAGAGAACGAUGACUGUGGAUGUUGUGCCCACAUGAAGAUUGAUAAGUUACACAUAGACGAUAAUGCGUGUGUAAACGUGACUUAUCUACCAGAUAAAUAUGGUGUGUCGAUAUCUUUCACAUGGAACGACAAGGUUGUCUUUAACAAAACGAUAUCAGCCAGCAACCCUCCGCCAAUCUGUGCUGGAGUACCGCAUGUAAAGCUUCUUGAAGUAUGUGUCCGACUCUACAACAUCUCGUACGRCAAGCAGCACUUUGGUGGGUGUAUAGCGCUGGAGUUUGAACUGGUUGGCUUGAAGGAAGACUUCCCUCUCGGAUGUUUUUAUAAAAGUCACGCCCAAAUCGAACAGAAUUACAAGAAAUUCCGAAAAAAUGUCGAUGAAGUGAAAAGAAACCUUCACGACAUCAAAGAAACUACUAAAAAGGARAUURAUGAGUGGGGUUAUUUGGUCUCUGAGGGAUUUUACGAUAAUGUGAAGACAAAGGUUGUUGAGGAGAUCGGCAGUUUUCGCAAAUUUUUAGGUGAUGCGCUGGUUGAGUUUGGAGAAUUAAUGAAACCACAGCAACAGGAAACAGAAGAAAAGGAACAUCCUUCUAAAAUAAUUGAUUGGCUGGGCAAGAAAAUAAAAGGUUUCCAAGGAAAAUGAAAAAUAAGAUUAAUAUUUUAUAUUUCAGUAAUCAUGUAAUUAAACUUUUAUCAUUAUGUAAUUAAACUUUGUUAUUCUUU